GGCUCGAUGUGUAUGUAGUCUUCAUCCCUAUUCUUUUCUUUCUCAGUCAUGGCUCCUCAUGGUACAACCGGUUUGAUCAGCUCACUUCCACUCGAUCUGCUGAUUGAUUCUAUUCUCGUCUUACUACCUACCAGAGACUUAAUCGCCUUGUCGUGUACCUGUCGACUUCUUCACUCGACGAUCCAUCAAACCGAAUUAAUAUGGAAGCGCAAGAUCGCAAUCGAUUAUCGUUUCCCGACUGGCUCGACGGGACGCAUCACUGGCUUCAAGACACUCUAUCGUAAGCUAAGGAAGCCCCAAGUUUGGGUAUGGGGACAAAAUAUGAACGAUCGACUGGGCUUGAAUGGGGAGGACGAAGAGGACUUACUCGAGGCCGUCCUAUCGCAUAACGUCGAAGUACCAACCCCACUGAGACUUCGAAAAGCUGAAUCAAUCGGAAUCAUUGAUCUCCAAGCUGGCGGAUGGAGCUACCAUGGCUUGGAUGUCAACGGGAACGUCUGGUGUUGGGGCACCCUUAACGGAUCCGACGGCUGGAAUCCACCCCCUCACAGAUACUCACCCAAACCAUCUGAAGUCGAGCCAACCAUGUUGGAGAUCAAAAAUUUACCCAAAUUUAAGGCGAUUUCCUGUGGUCGUUCUCACGCCUGCGGUAUUUCGGAUGAGGGGGGAAUUUACGAAUGGCACUCUUGGAACAGAGUCGCCAAACUUACAACAGUUCCAUGGGAGACUCAUGCUGGGGUGACUGAGGAGGUCGCCCAGAUCUGUGCAAGUUGGAAUUUCACAGCUCUACUCUCAUCAGAUGGCGUGAUAUACUUUUGGAAGGAACCUACCAUAUUAGAAGUAGCACAGGCUUUGGAUUCGCAGUUCAACGGCUUGCCCGAGCAUGAUACUAUGGAAACUGUCUACGACUUGGACUCUAAGGACCGCAUCAUUCGGUGUCCUGAUUUGCCUGGCAACGACCACGAUAAAGAUCAAAUAACCAAAAUUGCUUGUGGCGAAGACUUCAUUAUUUGUCUCACUACUACGGGCAAAAUUUACAAAUUAGACCUCUCAAGAAUUGCAGAUACCCAGCGCACUGCUCCCCAGCGAGUUUUGAGGCAGCUUCAGCAACAUGAUGAAGAGCUUGAUUAUCGAGAGAGCAUAGCGCAAGCGUUCCGAACCAAUGAGCGGGAAUGGGAAUACCUUCCGAUGUUCUGUGAACCCGAUAAACUAAGAGACGGUCUGGCCAAUGCACUAACAUUGCAAGAUUCAUCAAAUGCGGCUCAACCCACGAUCACUCACAUCUCGGCACAGUAUAGGACUUUCGUAGCGUAUAGUGUCGAGAGUCCAUCGGAAAAUGAACCGAUCAUCAAGAACAAUUCUUUCGUUUUCUUUGGUGGGAAGGAAACGACAGAGAAUAGCAAGCCUGAGAUCUUACCCAAUCUACAGAACAGAGGAGUUAUUCAAGUCACUCUCGGAGAUUACCAUUAUGCCGCGCUUCUUUCGAAUGGUCAAAUUUUAACAUGGGGAAGCUACUCUGGAGGUGCUUUAGGACUCGGAAACUCGUCGAACCCUCAUAGACAGCUCUGUCAUGACGACUCUGCGGCAGAGUCACCCGGUGAUCCAGUGAAGGAGCGCUAUGAGUUGGGCACCGAGACACCUACGGUAGUGCAGAGCUUCUCUGGCACCACUCAUCAUCUAGCCGAUCGUAUUGGGACGGGCGAUAGCUCUUCGAGUCAGAAGCCCCGCAAGGUAGCCCGUCGCUACGUGUUUUCAGUCACCGCCGCUGGCUGGCAUACUGGUUGUCUAGCCUUCUCGUUGGAUGAUGAGGAUGAUGAGGACUACGGAUUGGCGGUGUUGGAAAAAGACGUCGAAUUCAAGCAGGCCUCCAGGGCCGCCGGGUCGAGCUCAAGGCAAGAUCAACAGGACGGUGGCCGGACGAGCUGGUACGGUCUUCCGUUCAUCAAUCGUACCCGUUUCCCAUCCUUUCGGAUCGGCUUCGCGGGCAGAUUCAUGCAGGGUGGCGCGCGUGGUGGAUUACUCAAUCAUCAGGGGUUCCGUGAUCAAAGAGAAAGAGCUGAGCAGGAUCCGCCUCCAACUGAAGAACAAGAUUAAAAUGACAUUCAUUGUUCAUCUUCAUAUCUUUGUAUAUCCUCUUAUCCAAGGCCUUCUCUUCCUUUGACCUUCUGUCUAUUGAGAUUCCCAGCAAAUUGCUUGCAAGUUAUGUGAAGAUGUACAAAAUCGAGAACUUGUA